AUGGGGUGGGGGCGGCUGGGCGCGGCGCUGCUGCUGCUGCUCGGCCAGAUGUUGCUCCAGACGGCCAGGGCGCUCCUGGGCCGCCUCCUGCCGGCCAAGCCCCGCGACCUGGCCGCCGACUGCGUGCUGAUCACCGGCGGCGGACGAGGCAUCGGGCGCGCCCUGGCUCGCGAGUUCGCCCGGCGCGGCGCCCGCAAGAUUAUCCUCUGGGGCCGGACGGAGAAAUGCCUGCAAGAAGCCACGCAGGAGAUUGGAGCGAUGGGCGCCGAGGGCCACUAUUUCGUCUGUGACGUGGCCAAUCGGGAAGAGGUUUACCAGCAGGCCAAGGCCGUCCGGGAAAAGGUGGGAGAUGUCACCAUCCUAGUGAACAAUGCAGCGGUUGUCCAUGGCAAGACCCUCAUGGACAGUGAUGACCACGCCCUGCUGAAAUCACAACACAUCAACACCCUGGGGCAGUUCUGGACCACCAAGGCCUUCCUGCCACGGAUGCUGGAACUACAGCGAGGACAUAUCGUUUGUCUCAACUCUGUCCUCGCCUUGUCGGCCAUUCCUGGCGCCGUGGAUUACUGUACCUCCAAAGCUUCUUCCUUUGCCUUCAUGGAGAGUUUGACCCUCGGACUCCUGGACUGUCCAGGGGUCAACGCCACCACGGUCCUGCCCUUCCACACCAGCACGGAGAUGUUUCAAGGCAUGCGGAUCAGGUUUCCCAAUCUUUUUCCUCCACUAAAGCCGGAGAUGGUGGCCCGAAGGACGGUAGAGGCCGUUCAGCGGAACCAAGCCUUCCUCCUGCUGCCGUGGACGAUGCACAUCCUAAUUCUCCUGAAAAGCAUCUUCCCACAAACGGCGCUGGAAGAAAUCCACAGGUUUUCCGGGACUUACCACUGUAUGAACACUUUCAAAGGACGGACUUAAACAUGGAUGGCCAUCAGAACCUUGGUCUCCCUCCAGAGAUGGGUCUCCCUCUUCUCCUGGGUUGCAAAGAGGUCUCCGAAGGAUGGACCGGUCCACCCACCACGGAAGACCGAACAAACCAGAACCCACCAGGGCAAUGUUCUUAGGGCUCCAAGGCUCCAUCGUUUUUAGCUCGCGAGAAGUUUAGAGCUGUCCCUCAGCUGGAGGCAUCUCAAGAGGGUUUCCAUCACCUCCAUUUUGAGUCUCUGGGAUGACCAAGGAGGCCUGUUUUGGCUUCCACCACCCCAUUUCCAGGCAAGAAGAUGGCUCCCGAGGUCCUUCUUUGGAAAGAAAAGGAGUUUCGGUUGUCCUCGGCUGGCCCAUCUUCACAGGAGGCAUAAAUGCCUAUUUUUAGAGUUUCCAUUUAUUGGGAUCUCCCAGGAAAGCUGCAUCUCACCCACCAUGGUCCCAUUGAAGAGCGAUGCGUUUUACGUGAACUUCAGAUGGAAGGGUUCCCAUUUCUGGCUGACGUCUCUGCUGUUGGAGAGACUCAACCUACGUUUACAAGACCCGCAGACACCCACCUCCUUCGCCCUACACAACUGUACGAGCUGCAAGGUGGACGGACGCUUGACCUCGAUGGAGACCUCCUGAGCUAUUGGUGGAUGGACGCUUGACCUCGAUGGAAACCUCCUGGGCUAUUGGGCCUGACUGACAGCAGGGAGCAGCGAGUGGA